CCGCAAUGGCCUCCAUAUAGUAGAAUAAAAAGAGGAGCAUACACCUAUGUCGAUUCAGAAAGAGGCGAGCCUAGUAAGUCAUAAGCGCAGAGAUAUGAAUUUCUUUGCCUUGAUUUUUUGCCUUUACCUUCUCUGGGGCUUGUUCCGAGCUCUGUCUUUCGUUGUAAAGAGAAGCAAAAGGUCUCCCUCCAACCUCCCACCCGGUCCACGCCCUCUUCCGGUCAUCGGCAACCUUCUCGAACUCGGAAACCUUCCCCACAAGUCUCUUGCCAAGCUCGCUGGCACUUACGGACCCAUAAUCAAGCUUCAUCUCGGCUUUGUAACCACGGUUGUGAUCUCUUCCCCGACGCUCGCCAAAGAGAUCCUCCAAACUCAUGAUGCUAUCUUCGCAAACCGCACGACUCCCGACUCCAUCACAGCCCAUGACCACCACCAGCUCGGCUUGCCUUGGAUACCCGUGUCGCCUCUCUUCCGGGACCUUAGGAAAAUAUACAACUCGCACCUUUUAUCCAGCAGGAAACUCGAUUCCAACCAGCAUCUUCGCAGCAAGAAAGUGCAAGAGCUCGUUGCCCACGUUGCGAAAUGUGCACGCAAUGGUGGCAUCCUUGAUGUUGGUGAGGCAGCUUUUAGGACUACCCUUAACUCUCUGUCUAACACGGUUUUCUCUUUGGACAUGACGGACCCUUCAACUUCUGCCAAGGAGUUGAAGGAGGUCAUGUGGCAAAUCAUGGCCGAGGUCGGAAAGCCAAACAUUGCAGAUUACUUUCCCGUGCUCAAGAAGAUUGACCCCCAGAAUGUGAAGCGGCGCACUGAAUUGCACUUCAGUAAGAUGUUUGAUAUCUUCGAUGGGCUGAUCAAGGAAAGGUUGCAGCUGAGGGCGCAGUCUGGUGCCGCCACAUGCGACGAUGUUUUGGAUGCUCUUCUUGAUGUUGUGGAAGAUAAGAGCGAGGACCUGGACAUUUCUAUAGUCAAGCAUCUGUUUCUGGACUUCUUUGUUGCUGGUAGCGAAACCACUUCGAGUACUCUAGAGUGGGCGAUGGGGGAACUACUUCGCAACCCGGAGAAGCUAUCACGAGCGCAAACCGAGCUCCAUCUCCUCAUCGGAAAAGGCAAACAGAUUGAAGAAGCCGAUAUAUCUCGUUUACCCUAUUUACAAGCAACUGUAAAAGAAACUCUUCGACUGCACCCGCCGAUUCCACUUCUUCUCCCUCGCAAAGCCGAAGCCGACACACUAGUAGGGGGUUUCACUAUUCCAAAGGGUGCGCAAGUGCUUAUUAAUGCGUGGGCUAUAGGAAGAGAUCCUGCCAUUUGGGCCUGUCCAAAUGAGUUCAUGCCAGAGAGAUUUCUAGGAUCUAACAUAGAUCUCAGGGGACAAGACUUCGAGCUCAUACCAUUUGGUGGCGGCAGGCGGAUUUGUCCGGGAUUGCUACUGGCCACGAGAAUGUUACAUCUGAUGCUGGGUUCGCUCAUUAACGCAUUCAAUUGGAGGCUCGAAGAUGGUGUCACACCUGAGAAUAUGAACAUGGAAGACAAGUUUGGGAUAACUGUGCAACGGGCUCAACCUGUAAAAGCAGUGGCCGUACCAGCAUAACUCACGUAAAUAUUUUAUGUCAUAACACGUAUUACGUCGCCAUUACCAAAAAAAAAAAAAUUACGAGACCACUCAUCUCGACAUAUUCCCUUUAUGAGAUUGUUUCUUUGUAUGAAAUCAUUAAUCAUUUGAUGAAAUGAACCUAUACGGCAUUCCUGGUU